AUGGAAGAAACUUUAAGACGCCACCAUCCGGCUGAAUUUCAGCCUAGGGCAGCCGGCCCCGCAGGCAGCCACGAGCACUAUGGGUUUACCUUACCUUGCUUUCAGGCUGCAGCCCCGGGAGGCCUGGGGCCCCUGCAGCCAGGGGUGGUGCCGCAUCCUGCUGCUGCCACCGCUGCCUCUAGGACGCCCGCGGCCCCUCAGCGCUUUCUUCCAUCUCCCGCCCCGUUCCUCACAGAGGCAGCUGUCACCGCCGGAGGGUGUGCUUGGGGCAGGCCGGGCCGAGGAGGCGGGCCGGGCCGGCGAAGCGAGGCAAGGCGAGGCAAGGCAAGGCAAGACACGUCCGGCGCGGAGCGGGAGCGCCUGUGUACGCGAGCAUGUCGGGCUCGGAGCGGCGGAGUCCGGCAGUAUGGUAUAUACAAAGCAGUUUGCAAAAUAAGUGUACAUGACUUAUUUUCUCUUAUAAUUGCAGGCCAUAUUCAGCUGGACGGCAGACCACCAUUAACCACCACAGAUGGAAAUGAAAACAUCACAGAAGUAGAUGCACUUGAUAUAAGGCAAACACUGGAUCCUGCAGUGCAAUACAAAAUGAACCACCAAAGAAGGGGAAUUGCCUUAAUCUUCAAUCAUGAACACUUUUUUUGGCAUCUAAGGCUGCCAGACAGACGUGGGACUCUUGCAGACAGAAACAAUCUGAAACGCAGUUUGACAGACCUUGGAUUUGAAGUCAGACUUUUUGAUGAUCUAAAAGCAGAAGAUGUACUGCAGGAAAUUUAUAAAGCCUCUAAGGAUGACCACAGGAAUGCUGACUGCUUUGUUUGUGUGUUCCUGAGUCAUGGUGAGAAUGAUUAUGUUUAUGCAUAUGAUGCCCAAAUCAAAAUUGAGACAAUCACAGACAUGUUCAGAGGAGACAAGUGCCAGAGUCUGGUAGGAAAACCGAAGAUAUUUAUCAUCCAGGCUUGCCGAGGUGACAAACAUGAUGACCCAGUUAUUGCUCAUGAUUCAACAGACAGCACCGACUCCAUUGUCAAUGAGACUGAAGUGGAUGCAGCUGGUGUCUAUACCCUGCCUGCUGGUGCAGAUUUUAUCAUGUGCUACUCUGUGGCACAAGGUUACUACUCUCAUCGUGAAACUGUCAAUGGCUCCUGGUACAUUCAAGAUCUGUGUGAGGCGCUUAGGAAGCACGGCUCAUCCCUGGAGUUCACAGAGCUGCUCACUGUUGUGAACAGGAAAGUAUCUCAUCGCAGAGUGGAUGUGUGCAGGGACAUCAGUGCUGUAGGAAAAAAGCAGAUUCCUUGUUUUGCCUCAAUGUUAACUAAAAAAUUGUAUUUUCAUCCAAAAUCUAAGUAGACUGUUAUUAACCAAUGACAGCCAUUAACUAGUGCUGGCUGCAGGAGAGGAAAAAACCCACACCAUCUUAGUUCCUGAGACUAAGACUCCACAAGAUUGAUUGAUUGUAAAAACAGUGGGAUCAGGUGUUAAAGAGUUUGUGUACAUCAGUAGUUUCUCAAAUCUUGAAGCAAUUUUAAGGCUAAUAUUGCCACUCUGUCCAUCUCAGGGAAUUUGGGAGAAGUUGGUGCAAAAACAUAAAAGGUGCUCAGAUGUUACUGAAAUUGGUAAUCUUGAUUUUUUCCCCCCUUUUCUGCUUGAUUGCCAUCUAACCAUAGCACAUUUUAGCAUUUCCAAAACAUUUCAAAUGGUUGCAUUAGAUCAGCCUGUCUUGCUCCAAGAGCACAGUUUACAGGGCAUCUUUUAAAAGCUGUGGACAGCAAGAUCCACUCUCCAAUUUUUUGUGGAUUUAUUGAGCUUUUUAGAUUUAUUUUUUUAUUUUCAAUCAACACUAAAAAGGAGCCUAAUUUCUUGUGCACACUUGUAGCACUGAUAUGGAAAAAGGGCUUGUUUUUGCUUGCACAUCAUUUACGUUUGGGGCACAAUUAGAGCUUGCUGGUGCUUUUGGGGGAAAAGCAAGCAGUAGUGAAAUAAGACUAGGUACAGCUUGCUUAGCAUCACGUUAGGUAAGCUCACCAAAGCUAAAGCAAAAUCAUUCCAAGCUUCCAGGCUCACUGAUGACUGCUGGGACACCUUUAGGCAGUUCUGCAAAGUACAACAUAUCCAAACUGUUGGAGUGAGUCCAGAGCAGUGCCACAAAGAUGAUCCACAGGCUGGAGCACCCCUGCUCUGAGGACAGGCUGAGGGAGCUGGGGUUGUUCAGCCUGGAGAAGACUCCAUGGGGACCUUAGAGCUGCCUUCCAACAUCUGAAGGGAUCCUACAGGAAGGCUGGAGAGGGACUUUUCAUAAAGGUGUCUAGAGACAGGACAAAGGGAAAUAGAUUGAAGCUGAGUGAGAGUAGAGUUAUACAGGGUUGUAGGAAGAAUGGGGAAAUGGAUCUCUGAGGUCCCUUCCAACCUAAGCCAUUCUAGGAAUCCUCAUAUUUCAGGGUUUGGUGGGGGGUCAGCCUCUUUCUCCUAGCCACAGAGAUAUAUGUGCAUAAAAGAGAGUUGUCACCAUAGGACCAUUCCUACUGCAGCAUCAGUGAU